AUGAGUUUAAACGUGAAAAUCAUGCCACCGAAAAAAACAGAUGAGCAACAAUCAUCGAUUGAUGUUGAUCAAGUGUCAGCUAUUCCUAAAUUUAUUGCUCGCUGUUUUACCUGUAAUGAGAAACGUGAAUUGCAAUCGUGCAUCGUAUGCGACAAACCAAAAUGUCAGGUAUGUGCAGAAAAACACCAGAAUAAACGCAAUGAACAAUUGGAAGAGAGGUGGAAAACAUUAAGAUUGAAACUUGAAACUGCUGCAGAGAGAGCAAAUCGGGGUCAAAAUGGAAUCAACGAGACAAUUAAAGUUAUCAAGCAUGUGCAUGCUGAUCUGAUAAAAAAAUUGACAGAUACACGAGAUAAAUUUGUACAGCAAAUUCGAAAUUCAGAGAGAAACAGUUUAUUAAAUGAAGUUGAUACCUUGUGGAAACAGCUUGAACAAAAUCCAGUUUAUCGACAGAUUCAAAUGGAAAGUUUGCUUCCAGCAGAAGAUCCUUCAGUAG